UUCAGAGACUGAAUUAAUGGAGUAGUAGAUUAAUGGCGGGCGGUCCGCGGGAGUUGAAAAUUUCCAAAGGCAAGACCGCCAAGAAGCUGCUUUUCCCGCUUAUUUUUGAAUCCUCAUCCCCUUCCCUUCCCCCAUAAAGUCCAACACCAAUUUCCACUUCACCACUGCUGCUAAACCCUAAACAACCCUCCCCUCCACAAAAAACAAGGAAUCGCAAUGUCUGAGAUUCAGAACGUCGCCAGGUCGCUUAAUCCCUGCAUCUUUCAUCUCCACAAGCUUCGAUUCGAGCUCAAUUGCGCUUUAUGUUUGAACAUGCUUAACAAGCCGAUCUUGCUUCCAUGCAAUCACGUUUUCUGCAAUUCAUGUGUUGAAUUUAGCAGCCAUUGCCCCGCAUGUCAGCAGCGUUUUACCAAUCAAGAAAUCAGACCAGCCUUUCACAUGGAGAGCAUUGUGGCUAUUUACAAAAAUCUGGAUGCUACUUUCAACUCUUCGAUCUUGCCGCUUAUAUCUACUGAUUCUAAUAUCCCAGUUUCGAGAUCUAUUGUAACUGACCAAGUGACAAAUAACCUUGGCGUGAUGGCGUCUAAAACGAAUGAUAACUGCCCUGACCCCGCUCCAAGUAGUAUUAAGUCAGCUAAGUGUUCUGUAUCAGAAGAAUUAGAUGUGAAUCAUGCUCUAGAAGUUUGGCCUGGCAGCUCCCCUUCCUCUGUUGAUACCAAACAUGUAGAUCAACAUAGCAGUCCAGGUUGUAGAAAUGAGGAUGUAUGUAAAAUUAGAGUUAAGAGCUCUGCUGGAGAUCAAUUAGGCAUAGUUUCUGGUCAGGUGGAUACACAAGGCACUUAUCAUGCAAGGGAACCUAAGAGACAAAAGAAGCUAAAUUAUGGACCGUCUGGUGCAGCUUUGCAAAGCCACACGUUCAGCCAGAAAAUAGUUUCUCAUUCUGAUGCUGCUGCUGCUUCUAAGCUUGAGGACUGCAAAUCUACAGAUGAUGCUUCCAUCAUUUCUUCAACUGCACCACGGGAUGCAUCAAAUGUGGAUGGAUAUAUUUGUGCACUUUGCCAUUCUUCUAAGAUAACAGAAGGAACUGGCCAUAUGCUGCACUAUGCUGGUGGAAAGGAGGUAGCGAGAGAAGAAGCAGCUUACUCCAAGACAAUUCCUGUCCAUAUUAAAUGCAUAGAAUGGGCCCCUCAGGUCUAUUUUGUGAAUGACACUAUUGUGAAUUUGGAGUCUGAAUUAGCGCGAGCUUCUAAGCUCAAGUGCAGUGGUUGUGGACUGAAGGGUGCAGCUUUGGGCUGCUUUGCAAAGUCCUGCCGCAGAAGCUAUCAUGUUCCUUGUGCUCUGGAGGUGCUAGGCUGCAGAUGGGACUGUGGUGAAUUUUUAAUGCUUUGUCCAGCUCAUAAAUCAAUUAAAUUUCCAAGUGAAAAGUCCAACUCCAGAAAGCGUCCCAUUGAAGAAAAGUGUUCUGUGCCCAUUGAAAUUACACCUGAACAGUUGAAUAUGUUCUCAACCUCCCUAAGUAAGCCUGAACAGUUGGUUCUGUGUGGAUCUGCUCUAUCUUCGGAGGAUAAGUGUUUGGUGGCUAACUUAGCUAAAACUACUGGUGCUACUAUGUACAAGUUCUGGAACCCAAAUGUCACCCAUGUGAUUGCAGCUACAGAUUCAAACGGUGCAUGUAGCAGAACUCUGAAAGUUCUCAUGGCUAUCUUAAAUGGAAAAUGGGUCCUCUCCAUGGAUUGGGUUAAAGCUUGUGCUGAAGCAAAUCAUCCUGUUGAUGAAGAACCUUAUGAAGUUAACCUGGACAAUCACGGGUUUCGUGAUGGCCCAAGAACUGGCAGGUUGAGAGCAUCAGAGAAUGGUCCAAAGCUUUUCCAUGGAUUGAGCUUUUACUUCAAUGGCGAGUUUGUUCCGUCUUACAAGAACGAUCUCUUAGGUUUAAUCAGAGCUGGUGGAGGCAACACUAUUGAGAGCAUGGAGGAUGCAGUUGCAGAAAGGCAAAGUCUUGAAGAUUUUUCGACAACGUUAGUAGUUUACAAUCACGAUAACCCUCAAGGGUGUUCAGCAACGGAAGCAAGUUUUGUUUUGUCGAAGAGAGCUGCAGAAGCAGGGGAUGUGGCGAAAAACAUAGAUGCUCGGCUCAUUCCACAUACAUGGAUUUUGGAAUCCAUUGCUGCAUGCCAAAUCUUGCCAUUUUCAUCCUGAUUAAUUUUCCUUGUCCACAUUCUAUUAUCACCAAAAAUACACCAACUUUGGAAACCUACUACAUUUGGCAUAUGAAUAUAACAAAAUUAUAGAAAAGCCGAAUCUACAUUUUACAUUAUGAUUGUAUACAUAUCUGAUGUUUUCACCUUGUA